UGUGCGGGGGGCUCCCCGCAGCCCCGCCGCCCCCCGCCGCACCGCAGCGAGCGCGAUGCACCCCGGGCUGCGCGCUGCGGAAUAGCGCGGCCGCCGCUCGCCCUCCGCGGGCUGGGGGCGGACGGACCCGACCUCCGGCAAUUCCCCCUUGAUGUCCAUGAAUGCAAACACCAUGAUUUUCAUGAUCCUGGGCGCCUCUAUCGUUAUGGCAAUAGCUUGCUUGAUGGACAUGAAUGCGUUGCUGGACAGAUUUCACAAUUACAUCCUACCGCAUCUCAGAGGGGAAGACCGAGUUUGUCACUGCAACUGUGGAAGGCAUCACGUCCAUUAUGUUAUUCCGUAUGAUGGGGAUCAGUCAGUGGUGGACUCCUCGGAGAAUUACUUUGUGACUGACAAUGUAACGAAGCAAGAGAUUGAUCUGAUGCUGGGACUUUUGCUGGGCUUUUGUAUAAGCUGGUUUCUGGUCUGGAUGGACGGGGUUCUGCACUACGCGGUGCGAGCCUGGAGAACCAGCCGGCGGUAUGACAAUUCCUGGUCUUGGAUUCCAAAAUUUUGUAACUUAAAGGAGUUCAGAAAACGUCACCACAGGCAGUACGAGGAGGCGACUGGGAACAUGGUGCACAUCAAACAGAAGCUGUACCAUAACGGGCACCCUAGCCCGCGGCACCUCUGAGGAAUGCCUUCUCCUCCAGAGACUGCAGUGAGGUUUUAAAGAGGACUUUGCUCUUCUUCCAGGGGAACAGCUCCUAGUUUGCUCCUCUAUGGAAGCCAGCCGAGGACAUAAUUUUAUUUAUCCAUCCUGUGUGUCCCUGUGGCACGCCACGAUGCACAACUAAGCCAGUCCUGGAUGCUACGCAGCCAAGACAUUGCACUGUGUUCCACAUUUUAUUGUCAGACUUGUGUAUAUAUGUAAAAAGCAGACAAACGAAAACAAACAAAAACGAGAAAAGAGAUUUGCAUUAUACUUUCAACCCUCUUUUCCCGGCAUUCAUGGCUGUCCUGCACAUCCAGCUACCCUACGGGGAAUGUUGGCCGAGGGUAUGGAGGUGGGACAACACGAAGAAGAUGCAGUUUCUCAUCCGAGAGCUAAAAGUCCCCUGUUUCUUUGGUCCUUUGGUUUGGUUUUGCUCUGCUCUGUUCCUUCGUUUGCUAGAAUGGUACCAGGUGUGGAUGGGGCCUCCUGCCAGCUAGCUGGGAAGGCAGGGUCCCUUUGCGUUGGUUCGUGCCUCUGGGCAUUGCUGUGGGGGAACGAAGUCCUGGGAAUAUAUAAUGGAGUUGUUCUUUGCAUUGCUGUGUGCUGAAACCUGCCUUAAGCAAGCCAAGAAAUCUUCCUACCAGGGGAGCAGCACCAUGAGGGGUCACCCAUUCGACCGGGCUGCUUCACACCACUUUUGUGUUGGUGGCACCUUGCUGGUGUUCCUCUCCAGGGUCAGAGAGGAGCUGAUCAGGAGUUGCUCCUGAUGGAGAAGUAUCUGGAUCUGAGUGGCAUUAGACCUGGCCUGCACCCUGAGCCCCCCUCAGCUGCAUAAAGCACGUAGCAGCGAGGUGGGCUUGGCUGGAGGAACACAGCGAUGCGGGCCCGGAGCCAAACUCACCCACCAUGUCAAAUGCCCCGGUAACAGCUUAAGUCAAAUUAUGAGGAUGUUCCGACAUGUUUUAUGCCUUUGCUUCCCCUGGUCGCAGCUUAGGUGCGGGUUUCAGUGUAGUUAUCGAGUGUCCGAAACCACUCUCUGCAUCCAGAGACCUCCUGAAGAGCUGCCCGAAGGAGGGCUGCUGGAGAAAGGCCUCAGGCACCAUUGUGGUGGUGUCUGCAUCCCAGAGCAGCUGGAAUCUGUUGGGGGAGAGGCAAAAAUGUACCAGGCAGUGUUGGUGUGGUCCUGCUGCUUACAGGGGCAGAGGGAGCGAGGAGGGCAGGAGGGAGGGAGAGUCUGGACUCAAGAAGUUCAGGUGGUGGCCCUGCAUCCCACUCGUUUCUCCUUUGUUCCUCAUUUUGCAUUGAGCGGGCUUGUGUUGAAAUGAGGAAAACAUCCAGAAUGAAAGGAUGAUGAGCGUUGUCAGAAGCUGCUGGUUUGUUCUCUGAAUCCCUUGGCUCUGCCAAUGGCCUCCUGUUGUUGGUUGCAAUGUCGGUGGGGGGAAAAGGGCACAGUGACCCCCGGCUCUCUCCUCCGUUCCCCAGCUUCUCUGCCUUUUUUUUUUUUUCUUAUGCCCAGGAUCAGUUUUAUUAUUUACAAGCCCCAAAGCUGGCCAAGAGCCACCCACAGCUGCUCUCUGCCAUUCCCACCUUUGCUGUUCCAGGUGCCUCUUGUCUCGGCGUCCCAGUUUCUGUCUGGGCCUAACUAGUUGCCCAGUCUGUACUCGUGUCUGUCUGCUUGACCGUCUGUCAUUCAGGACUUCCACAACGUCUGCAGCCACCUAUUAGCCUCCAAGGAAUGACUUUUUUCCUUAUGCAGCUCCUUUCCAAAAGACACAAGGCUUCAUGGUACGAGCUUUGUGCGUUUAACCCUAGGGGCGCAUCCUGCAGUGGCAGAAGAUGCUCACCUCUGUGGGGUGCUGGUGCCAGAGAGCUGGCCAAGCAGCUGCUGCGUUUGCCCUUGUGUGCUGGCACACAUUCAGCUGACAGCAAAAUCUGGGCACUGCGUUAUCCAACAGGUUCAUGUCACGGACACGUAUUCAGCUCUGAGCUGAAGAUGGGGCAAGGUUUUGCAGGGGAGAGAGUUCCAUCGUGAUAAGGAAAAAUGCUAAGUCUUUGGAACAAGUUACGGGGAAAGAAAUAAAACCAAACCAAAACGAAAAAAUACCUUUAAAUAAUCUUUCUAUCUGGUGCAUCCCACAAGAGAGGCUUAAGGCAGUGAUCUAAACUCAGACUGCAUUGCAUGUCUGGCUUUGCGCUGCUGUAGCAACAGACCGUGGUUGAAAUAUCAUUAAAUAGGAAACUUACAGCUGGAGAGAGUGAAGUGACAGCUCACAUUGGUCAAGUCUGAUCCACACCAGAAUUUCAGAG